UCCCGCCUCCCCAUCCCCGCCGGCUCCUGGGUGGGGUCGCAGGCCUCCGACACUCCCCCGCGGGGGCUUGUCCCGGCGCUCGCUCCCGCAGGCUCGCUCCCGCCGCCGGGGCCGCGCAGGCUCGUGCACGUCCAGCCCGGAACCCAGAGGAAGAGGAGGAAGGAUCGGGUCUGGAGAAUCAGGUUGGAGAGUUAGGCGGGAGUCCCGGCGGUGCAGACGCGCGCGGUCGGCCGCGAGCAGCCGGGCCAGAAGGAUGAAAGAGGUGGAAAAGCUGGAAAGCGUCCGAGAAGACUGGGCUUGUGAUGCUGGAGCCGAGGACCAGAGCCUCCAUGGCGGCCCCAAGAGCUGCGAGCUUUUCUUUGACAGCCUCUUGGCAGAAGCCCAGAAAGUCAGCCCCGAGAGCUCGCCCUCAGCUGACAGGACACAGGCUGACGUAAGCAUCAAGCUCUGGAAGAAUGGUUUCACCGUGAAUGAUGAGUUCCACAGUUAUAGGGAUGGGGCCAGCCAGCAGUUCCUGAAUGCCGUCAGAAAGGGAGAGCUGCCUUCAGAGCUGCAAGGGAUGUUUGACAAGGAGGAGGUGGACGUGAAGGUGGAGGAUAAGAAGAAGGAGGUGUACGUGUCCAAGAAGCCCGCCUUCCAGCCCUUCUCAGGGCUGGGCCACCGGCUGGGCAGUGCUACCCCAAGAAUAGUUUCCAAGGUCAGCAGCAGUGACUCUGGGAACCCAAAGGCUCUGAUCUCCGUCCCCUUGAACCCUUUGGAACCUAUCACCAGCAUCCAGAUCUGGUUAGCUGACGGGAAGAGGCUCGUGCAGAGAUUCAAUGUGUCUCACAGGGUGAGCCAUGUCCGAGACUUCAUCAGGAACUAUGAGGGCUCCCACAGGAAUCGGCCCUUCGCCCUGGUCACUGCUCUUCCUGCCCUCAAGCUGCUGGAUGACACCCUCACACUGGAGGAGGCAGAUCUGCAGAAUGCUGUGGUCAUCCAGAGACGCCAAACCACACAGGCCCCUCUCCAAGGCCUGUCCUAGCCCUGACACCGGAUAGCCCACCCUGAGCGGCCCACCAGAGGAAUGGCAUGGGGGUGUGGGGGGCCAGUGAGUGGGAGGUGGGGCAGUAAACCCAGACACAACUACUGCCUGGGGGUUGGGCCCUUCUCCUGCAUUGACCUUUGGGGCAGGUGCUGCUUCCUUCAGAGGGGAUGUGGGUAGCAUGGGCCAGCUGCCUUCUGGGCCUGCUGGCAGGUCAGCCUUUUCCUCCCUGAGACACAGCCUGGGAGCCAGGUGGCGGCUGCUCUGGUGUCCUUAGGAGCAGUGGGAUGUUGCUGUGGACGAUGUGCAUCUUAGAUCUGAUCUGUUCUACAAAUGGCAUUUUUUAGAAAUUGCAGAUGCUUCACUGUCUCCUCCCUUCGGGACUCACUGCCUCUUCCUCUGCCAGACGCCAGGGCUGGCCAAAGCUCCCUGUGGUAAUCCGGCUGGUGACCCACUUCCACAGUUCACCAGGGGUCUCCACCCUCUGGUACCUCCUUGAAGGGCUCGUCAGGAUCCGUCUCUCUGCCUGUCUCUGUCAAAAAGAGAGACUUGCUUCUGCCUGGAGUUCUAAGCAAUGCAGCCGCUGAGCUCCCCAAGAGGCCUCGCGGUGUUCUUUGUGUGAUGAGACUAAGUAGAAAUAAUGAAAUCGGAGUAAGAAGCAGGGGUUAAGCACAGAUAAAUAGGCCUGAGGUGAGGGGCCCCUUCCUCUUUUGUAGGGAGCCCCACAUCUCAGCCUCCACAUAAACAGGAGGCCAAAUCCGAGCAUCCCACAUGGUGCAGGCUACAUCAUGGUCUUCUUCUGUAUGUCUGUGGUCAAGACUCCGUUGUGGACCCCGGGAAAAUGCUGCAAAUAAACCACAAGUCUUUCUCCAGACCUAGGGAAAGGAAAUCAUGUGCAUGUAGCAUGGCUGCCCUUCCACUGGAUUCUCUGGGAAUGUUGGGGCCUACAAACCAGUGGGUCCUCCUCACACCCCACCACCCCCACCUCCUGGAAACUGUCAGGAGGAUAGCCACUACUUAGAGGGCAAAGCAGCUGGAAAUGGUAGUGACACCCAGCCACCAAAGCCACCUGUCCCAGCCCCCUCAGAAGAGGGAGGGAGGCUCAGUGGCUUCUGUCCACGUUUGCUUUCCUCAGGGAUGUGGAGGAGGCCACUUCAUUGGAAGACUGACUUUCCACCAGAUAAACAGCCCUAAUAGUUGCACACCCCACCCACUCACCCCCGCCCCGUCCUGCCCAGCAUCUUCAGUCCCUUCCUGACCUUGGCAGAAUGCCUGGAGGAUGGGCAGCUGCCCUCUUGGGAGGAGGCAGAGGCACCCACCUGCUGCUACACGCUAAGCGGUGUGGCCAGAAUCUCAAGAACGACGCUCAGCCUCUUGGGCAGGAAGUCAGCCUUUUUGGAGCUGUGGGGACUGCUGCUGAUGUGCAUCAUUUCAGGAUCUUUCAGUAAUGAGAAUGAGCCACCUCUGUGCUGAGAGUUACAAAAUGGCAGGCUGGGAGAGCUUUUUGGAAGGAUAAUUGUGAGGAAUGAUCCUGACCUCCGACUGUUGAGAGUAGAGGGAGCCUCCACCGUGCCCGGGGCAGGACUCCAGGGUGACGGCUGACAGCUGCCUGCCAGACAUGCAGCGUGCUGCUCCACAGACCCUGCAUCCGGGGUGUGGUGGCUGCAUCCUUCAAGCCAGACAGACCCAGUAGCAAGACCCUGUCGCUGUGUAUCAGCACGGCCGCAAGUCUGUUGGCCAAUGGUGAGGAGCUGACUUUAGUGCCUUAAAGCGAUCAGGACAGCAACUCAUUGCAAAGGGGGAGGGAUCGUUCCCUUCAGUAAGAAAUGGUUUGUAAGAAAUUCAUUUGAAUCAAUCGAUGUGUGUGUUUCUGAGGACACAGUGACAUGCGCAGCCGCAGCUUCCGCCUGUGCUUGGCGAUUCAUUCAGUAUGGCAACUCGGUGUUUUAAAUAAAUUUAGAAAAAAUGCAAA